CCAAACAAAACAAUCUCCAGUUCGCGAAAUUUCUUUUUUUAAUUUUAUUUAUAUUUUAAUAAAAAUGCAAAUUAUUCAAUUCUCCUCUCUGACUGCUCCUUAACCUGUAAGCCUCUUCUUUGCUAAUGCAUGAGCUCUCUCUCUUAUAUCUUAUGUAAGCUCAGAUGGAGACACGUCUGUAAACUCUCCUUCUAAAGCCGUCUAUCUCGCUAUCUUUCUUUCAUUUUUAGUUUUCUUAGUCUUUCUCAAUGGCGAUAUCAGAGUCAUCGCCACAGAGCAUGGCCACCGCAGUCGCCACAACCACCAGCACCGCUCACGCCGAUUCAGAUCUCAACUGCUAUCGUCGAAGAAAAUCCGCCUCCACCACAACUAUGGCCGUGUCUGAUUCCAUUUCCGACUCUGCCGCACCCGAGGCCAGUAACGCCGCAACUGAGGAUCAUCUGGCGGGAAACAACACCGAGCACCGCAGGGAUCGGGUCGCCUCUUUAGAUGGCGCCACGGAGUCCGCCAAUUUGAUUGGCGGUGUUGGAAAUGAAAUUCUCAGAAACGGAGAGGAUCGGGAAGGAGGAGGAUCGGAUAUAAAAUUCACGUAUAGGCCUUCUGUUCCGGCUCAUCGAAGAGUCAAGGAAAGUCCUCUUAGUUCUGAUGCAAUCUUCAAACAGAGUCAUGCGGGCCUCUUCAACCUCUGUAUAGUGGUGCUCGUUGCUGUAAAUAGCAGGCUCAUAAUCGAGAAUCUGAUGAAGUAUGGUUGGUUGAUCAACACAGGUUUCUGGUUUAGCUCACAUUCAUUGAGAGAUUGGCCACUUCUAAUGUGUUGUCUUACUCUCCCAGUUUUCCCACUUGCUGCUUUCAUCGUUGAGAAGCUCAUGCAACAAAAGUAUAUAUCUGAACCUGUUGUAGUUUUUCUUCACAUAAUCAUUACUACGGCUGCAGUUGUGUAUCCAGUUGUUGUGAUUCUGGGGUUAGUUUUGUUCUUUCUCUUGCAGUUUCAUCCUAAGGUUAUACUCGCAGUUGGUAUUUGUUUGUCUAUUUUCAGGCUACUGACCAGCAUUUGGAAAAUUUUUCAGUCUUCCAACUUACUGGAGUUAGAUGUUUAUAGUAAAACCUAUAUUAGAAUCAUGCUGAGUGAUCAGAAAGAUGCUAAGUUCAAAGAAUGCUCCAAUUGUCACGUGUGUUAUUGUCAGAAACCUUACUCAUGGUUCUGAUUUAGUGAAGAAGAACAGAGGGAAGGUAGAGGAAGAGACGAGAGAGAGAGAGA